AUGCUGAGCCACAAGCUUCCAAAAGAUCUCAUGGAGGAGAUUUUUGUGAGGCUGCCUGUAAAAUCCUUGUUUCGGUUCAAAUGUGAAGCCAAAUCCUGGUACGCCCUCAUCACUGACCCUUCUCUUAUUGCCAGACAUCUUGAACGGUCCAGAUCUACCAGCAAGAUUCGCCGCCUGAAGCUUAUCUUCGAUUUUAGCAAAGAGGUGUUUGGGAUGAUCAUAUUGCCCUCUGCAAUUGGAUCUUUUUGUGGAAACAAAGUUUUUGUACUUGAGGAGAGUCUUGCUGUUGCUGAAUAUGAUCAUAAUACUAAAAAAAAUAUAAGAUUUGGGCGAUGA